UCACGCUUUAAAGUCCCAAAUCUCGCUAUUUUCGCUUGGGCACCUGUCAGGCUCCCCCUCCUAUUGAUUCCAAUCAGGGAAGAGCGCGGUUAUAACCGGUGCCCACACUUUUGUCAAGUGAAUGUCGGCACCAGCACGUCGGGGGAAAGGGAGGAUUCGGCCUCCACCACGAAGGACUUCAGGCGCUGAUCAAAGCAAACUCGAUACGUGGACAUUGCUAUCUGGUGCCAUUCGGGAGAUAUUAAAUGGAAAUGCAUCACACCUUUCUUUCGAGGAGAACUACCGGUACGCGUAUAAUAUGGUGCUGCACAAACAGGGUUCCACACUUUAUGAGGGUGUAAAGGAGUUGCUCAUGGAAAACUUGGAUAAGCUCGCCAAGGAAGUCAUUGUUCCAACUUUCCCCUCUUCGAAUGAACGCGAUCCUGUACAACAGACCCAAGAGGGUGAAAUGCUGCUCAAAGCUUUCCGGAAAGUUUGGAAUGAUCACAAAAUGAGCAUGCAGAAGUUGCGUGACCUUUUAAAAUACAUGGAUCGUGUGUACAUCCAAUCCGCACAGGUCCCCAUGAUAUGGGAUGCGGGAAUGCAGCUUUUCCUCGAUCGUAUAAUCCGCUCCCCCCUAUACGCUGUCCACCGUCACAUGCUUAGCACUCUGCAACAGCAAAUUCGCUUAGAAAGAGAUGGAUAUCCAGUCAACCGAUCAGCUAUUAAAGGAUCCAUUGAUGUGUAUCGCGAACUAAUUGAUGGAGGUCUAAAUGUGACUGUCUUCAAGAAAGAGAUGGAGCCACCCAUACUUGAGGAAAGCGAGACCUAUUAUAAACGCGAGGGGGAGCAAUUGCUGGAUACUUGUGAUGCUCCAGAAUUCUUGCGGAGGGUCGAAGGUAGACUUGAAUCCGAACGAGUCAGAGCAUCGUACUACCUCUCUACCAUCGAAGCACCGCUCAGAUCCAUCCUUGAACGUACACUGAUAGCGCCCCACGUCGAGGCUGUCCUUUCCAUGCUUGGCUCGGGUCUCGACAAUAUGAUUAAUUUGCAUCAAGAUGAUAACAUCGCUCGGCUAUUCCGAUUAUUCGUUAUGGUUCCAGCCGGCCCUCCUGCAUUAAAAAAAUCAUUGAAGGACUCCAUCGCUGAGCGCGGUAGACACCUUAAUGAAGCAGAGAUGCUCGAAGGGGAUAUGGAAGAAGGUGAUGGAGAUGCAGGAGAAGAUGAGCCUGCUUCCAGAGGAAAAGGGAGGAAGCCUCGUCCCGGAAAUGCUCCUUUGGCCGGAAAGAAACGUCUUGAUGCAGCUCUGAAAUGGGUUUCGGAUGUCUUGGAGGGUAUACAGGUGGCUAUGAACGAGGCAUUUGAAUCUUUCAUUAAUUCCAACCCCAAAGCCCCGGAGUACAUUUCUUUAUUUAUCGACGAGAACCUCAAGAAAGGGCUUAAGGGCAAAACUGAUGAAGAAGUCGACACGGUCCUCGAUAAAACCAUUACUGUGUUCCGCUUUGUAACUGACAAGGACGUUUUCGAGCGAUACUACAAGACUCACCUUGCAAAGCGACUGUUAGGUGGUCGCUCGGUUUCUGAUGACGCGGAGCGUGGAAUGCUUGCGAAAUUGAAAAUUGAAUGUGGCUUCCAGUUCACUCAGAAACUCGAGGGAAUGUUCCAUGACAUGAAAAUAUCCAACGACACAAUGGAGGCAUACAGGGAGCAUCUUGGCAAGAGUAUUGCGCUUCCCCCACCAAUAGAACUUUCUGUUCAGGUUCUCACGUCAACAUUCUGGCCAAUGUCACACGAUGCUACUGCUUGCAAAUUCGCCAAUGACAUGGUCUUUUCAUGUAAAAUGUUCGAGCGUUUUUACUUAUCACGGCACAGUGGGAGAAGAUUAUCAUGGCAACCUUCACUUGGAAAUGCGGACCUCAAAGUGACAUUCAAGAGUAGAAGACAUGAUCUGAAUGUGUCAACAUAUGCCCUCAUUGUUCUGUUGCUGUUCGAGGAAGUGACUCCGGAGGAACAUUUGUCUUUCGAGGACAUCAAAGAUUCUGCCUCUAUCCCAGACGCUGAAUUACGACGGACAUUACAGUCUCUAGCUUGUGCAAAAUUCAAGAUAUUGAAGAAGCAUCCGCCGGGCAGAGACGUGAUGUCGGAUGACACCUUUUCUUUCAACCUGGACUUCACUUGUUCACUGCAACGCAUCAAGAUCGGGACUGUAGCUUCCAAGAUCGAAACCAAUGAUCAGCGGCAGGAGACAAUUGACAGAGUGGACGAAGAACGAAAAUUCCAGAUGGAGGCAUGUAUUGUGCGGAUCAUGAAAGACCGGAAAAGGAUGUCCCACAAUGACUUGAUCAACGAAGUGACUCGCCAAUUGUCGCAUCGUUUUUCGCCAAACCCACUGGGGAUCAAGAAACGCAUUGAGGCACUAUUGGACAGAGAUUACUUGGACAGGGGAGAGGACAAAAAGUCCUAUAUAUACUUGGCAUGAGCAUGACCGGCUUCAUUGUCUUGUAUGGUGUUAAUCUUAGUAGAUGAGCAUGUAAGAUAUCGUUACGAGGAUGCUUUUCCGUGCAACACUGGAUAGGAAAAGGUGUCUUGAGCCAAUUCAAACGGAGUUAGGCGUUUAAGG